AAACAUCAACAAACGAAAAAUUCUUCGUCGUCGCUUUUUGAAGGAAGAAAAAAUGGCUGGAUUCGGUCGUUUCAGGCACUUUUCUCAAAAUUUUACGCGGUUUUCGAGACAAUUGACGACAGCGAACGUGAAAAAAGUGAACGGAAAUCAAUUGAACAAAUAUUUGUUGGUGUUAAGCGGAGGAAUUGCCGUUGUCACUUACCAUAAAUGGAAGAAUUCUUUCACGGUUCAGGCGUUGCAAUUGAGAAAGGAUGAGCUCACUGAACGUGCCAUAAAACUAUCGGCGCGUGAAAAGCGUUUUAUCAAGUUUGCAUCUGUGGAAUUUGAUGGUCAGAUUUACAUGACGCCGCAGGAUUUUUUGGAGUCUGUUGUUGAACAAGAGCCGAGACCAAGAUUAAAACGCAAACAACUCACCGCUGCCGAGAUCCAGCACCUAAAAGACGACACUCCGAGUCUCAAACGUGGAUCGCCUUCGUUAUUCCGGGGACUACGUGAUCGAGGCAUCAUCUCGUACACGGAAUAUUUGUUCCUCUUGUCCGUUCUCACAAAACCAACAUCUGGCUUCCGCAUCGCCUUCAACAUGUUCGAUACAGAUGGAAAUCAACGUGUUGAUAAAGACGAGUUUUUAGUUAUUCGAAGUAUUCUGGGUGGUUCUUUUCGAGAUCGCCAAGGCAUUGAUGACGAUACGAAAAAAGCAAUGGAAAAAAUCUUCAGUUUUGCUUGGAAAGGCAAACGCGGCAUGGAUUUGGAGACGCCUGAAGGUGAAAAUAAGGAAAAUGGCGAAGCCAAUGACGAUCAAAAGGAUGAAAAGAAUAAAGCUCAUCAUCACUACGUCGACGACGAACAAGGUUUGCAGCGCAAACAUAAAGUUGACACCACGUUGCAGAUUCAUUUCUUCGGCAAAAAGGGAAAUAAGGAGCUCCAAUUCGAGGGUUUCAAGAAUUUCAUGCAAAAUCUCCAAACGGAAGUCCUUGAAAUUGAGUUCUGUGAAUUUUCCAAGGGUCAUGAGCGUAUCUCGGAAGUUGAUUUUGCGAAAAUUCUCUUGCGUUACACUUAUUUGGAUACUGACGAGUACGACAGUUACUUGGAUCGACUUUUGGAUCGUGACACAAAGGAACGUGGAGUCUCGUUUGAAGAAUUUAAAGCUUUUUGUCAAUUUUUGAAUAAUUUGGAUGAUUUUGCGAUUGCCAUGCGGAUGUAUACGUUGGCUGAUCAAGCUAUCUCGAAAGAUGAAUUUUCCCGUGCGGUAAAAAUUUGCACCGGCUCGGAGCUCAACAAACACUUGAUUGAAACAGUUUUUGCCAUUUUCGACGAAGACGGCGACGGAUUGUUGUCCUACAAGGAGUUCAUUGCGAUCAUGAAGGAUCGCUUGCAUCGCGGAUUCAAAUCCGUUGCCAAAGCAGAAGGAUUUGAAGCAUUCAAACAAUGUCUCAAAGCAGAAAUGAAGUCCAAAGUCUAAAAAAACAUCGAGUCAAAAAAUAUUAAUAAACUUCCUCUCAACGCUUUUAAUAAAAUUUUACCUCUUAGAAUGUAAAAACAAAAAAAAAAUGUGUGGUAUUAAAAUUUUUUUAUUUAUUUCUCCUCAGUUUAUAAUUUUUCAAUAGAUAUAUAAUAAUGAAUAUGUUGUAUAUUUAAAGAUUGUUAUACAUAUUUUUUGCUAAAGAAACAUAAAAUUAGACUAAAAAUAUAAAAAAUUAAAGAAUUCAAGGAUAUAUCAUGAUAAUAGUUUAAAAUAAAAUAAUUCUUUAAAUAGAAUGCGAUGA